GUAUCUUGUGCCACAGAAGUACAUACGAACAGUCCAGCAGAAAUACAGCAGCAGCCCAAUCCCAGUCUAUAACUCUGCAGAGGCUCAGAGAGAUAGCAGCAAACCAGGUCCUUCCCACAACUCUCCGCAAGCUCGGGAUUCGUCGCAAACCCAGCCAGCCAGCCAUACAAUGUCUCCAAGAACGAGAAACCCCAGAAGCCACGCACCUCCCCCGGACCGACAGCAGCACACCUCGCAAGUGCAACGGGAGAGACGACAGGACUCCCGCGGCCCACAACCGCCUCACUCAAGGGCUACCUCCAUCGCCACCUGGACGGUGGUGGCGCUGAACAGACCAGUCUCCUGGGCCUCCAGGACCCGGUGGUCCAGUCAACCCAGGCCGCUGCGCGGAAUGGACCCCAGCCAAGUGCCCCCACCCUUCAGGGGGCUCACACUGGAAGAUCGGCAUCCAGCCGACCCACCCAUCGCCCUGACCGAAGACGAAAGGCGCCUUCUGUGCCCAGUCUGCGGGGUGCCAGAGCUGCACCGCUCCGCCCAUCGUCGAGGCCCCCUCCACCGCGCAAAAGUGGAAGGCCUCCGAGAAGCUCGAUCCACAGGAUCCGACGUGGCAGCAGCAGUGGCCGUGCUACAGCGGCACCGUCCAGACCUCCUACGGGGCCCGCAAGGUCCUCCAGCCAUCCCGGAUGACGUGGUCUUGGACAUGCCAGACGUUUGAGACUCCCGUGUAGAUGGAUUUAGGGAGGGGGGAGUGUGGGUGUCACUGAGCGGCACGUGUGUAAAACACCUGAUAAGCGGAAUCGGGUCAUGCGUCCCAGAAGUAGGGGGCGUAAAAGGGCUAUAUAAGGGAUAGGCACGAAAACCACGGCCUUUUUUUUUGGGUUCGGCUCCUUGAGUUGUGGCUGCCUUGCUUGCUGUGAGAAGGUAUGGAAUAAACCUUGUUUGUUGUUUGAA